AUGUCAAAACCUCCUGUUAAGAAGAUACUCCCUUCUGGUCAACCACCACCUCCUCAACCAAUGCAACCACACACAGGAACAGGCACAGGCGUACAGCGCGCAGUCCUCAGAGUGAACCGCGCAUGCACCUCCUGCCGCAAGCACAAAAUGCGCUGCGAAGGUGCCGAUCACCCUCCUUGCGCACGAUGUCGUUCUUCAGGCAUCGAAUGCGUAUUCGAGAGUAUCAAGAAGGAACAUGCGCUGGAUUCGGUCGCUGUGGAGAGGUUGGGUGCCCUGGAGAGGGAGUUUAGGAGUAUGCAGGGGACGAUGAGGGAGAUCUUGGGGGCUAUUAGAGGACAGGGGCAGGGGGGGAACGCGAACGGGAAUGGGAAUGGGAAUCUUGGUGGGGCAGGGAGUGCGGGGAACGGGACUGGGAGUUCCCCACCCCAGCUCUCGCACGCAGCGAGUAGCAACUCCAACCCUUCCCCCGCAGCAGGCACGGAGCUAGCAGCGCACCUCUCACCCAUCUACACACAUACGCCUUCCCCGCCUCACUCCCACAGUCAGGGGAUGACCAACCACCACCCGCACUCGCACACGCACUCCCACCUCUCGCAAUCCCAUCACCCGCUUCCCCAAGCCCAGGGACACCAUCCUCACCCCCAUGCCCACCCACACACGGCGUUCCAAGUCCACAGCCCGUCAUUCCUCAACGGAGGGUCGCACGUCUCACCCUCCUCUGCGCACUCAGUCUCCCACUCGGGGAGUACGAUCAACACACACGCGCAUCAUCCCCCGCUGGUGCACAACUUCCUCCCUUCACCGGACAUUGCUGACCUGCACUCGGCGCAUGCGCACUCGCAUGCUCAUGCUCAUGCCCAUGCCCGCUCGCCUGGUCGCAGAAGGACAGGGGACCAGUUUAAGAGUAUCCCUACGAGUGCGGCGACGAGUGAUGACGAGGGGGAGUUGCCGGGUAAGGCUUUCUUAGCGCCUAUUGAGGUGCUUUCAGAUCUAGCGACAGCUGCUGCUGCCCAAGCGGGGAACCCUUCGCCAGAAGAAUCAGGCCCAAACCCGAAGAAAAGGAAGCUGAACGACGGGAGGCCUCUUCCCGGCGGGGAGGACGGCAGCGUAGAAGGGUGGGACGGGGGCAGGGACAGGGGGAGAGGGGGGGAGAGUGAGCGGGGGAGGGAGAGGGAGAGGGAGAGGAGAGAGGGAAGGGACGUGGUCGAUAAGGGGAUCGUGACUGAGGAAGAGGCACGAGAGUUGUAUCGCAUAUACUUCUCCGGCUGCUACCGGUUUCUCGCAGUCUUCAACCCCGAAAUAGACACAUUCCCCUCCCUGCGCCAACGUUCUCCCUUCGUCCUCUGCUCCAUACUCAUGGUCGCCUCCCGCGUGCGGGACGGGGGUUCCCCCCCAAGCAGGGUACAUACGGAGUUGUUCCAGGAAGCGAGUAACCUUGCUCGCGAUACGCUGUUUUCUCAGCCGCAGGGGGUCGAGUGUGUACAGGCUAUGCUUUUGCUCGCGGGGUGGAGUAGUAAGACUGGCUGGUUGGCGGCGGGGCAUGGGAUUCGUAUGGGCAUGGAAAUCGGGAUGCACAAAGCCCUCCCGCGCCUCGCAGCCAAGAUGCGUUCCGGCAGACACGACCCUUCCCCAGACCCCAAGACGUCCCUCGACGCAGCGCUCGUCUCCCAAGCGCGGACCUGGCUAGGUCUGUUCGUCUUCGAGCUCCAAAUCGGAAGAGGCACGGGAAGACCAGCGAUGAUCCGUGGUGAUAAGAGUAUUUCGGAUGCGAGAGUGCUUCUUACCCACCCGUGUGGGAUCCUUACCGACGCGAGGCUGGUAAGCACUUGCGAGUUACUGGUUAUCCAAGCCCGGAUCCACGAGAUGCUCGACGAGGAGCGAGACUAUGACAAAGUCGUCACUAUCCUGCGCGAAGGCGAGCGGGAAAUCGACGACUGGCACACAGAAUGGGACUUUAUCAUGUCAGAAAAACACCCCGACGCGGCAGGCUUCUUCCGGUCCUCGGCACAGAUCCAGCGGAUGUACGCAGUGCUGUUCAUGCAUUCUGUGGCCUUGCGAGAACUGCGCACUGUCCUGGAUGCGAAGGAACAUCCGCAGAUGCAUGAGGUUAUGAUGACUGCGGUGCAUAAUGCUAGAGGAUGUAUCGAGAUCUGCCUCGAGGCGCCAGAGUAUAGAGAAGGGCUGCGCUACGCGGUCACGUACACACAUACGAGCGCAGCGUUCGCAGCUGCCUUCCUGCUCAGGUUCGCUAGGCUCUUUCCUCAUGAAGUCGAUAUUGAGGACUCGAUCCGGAUGGUCGAGAGCCUCAUUCGGUUAUUUUCCGAGAGUGAGCCUAUUCCCCUGAACCAAACCUCCAGCAGCUUAUCCCUCAUCCAUGCAUUCCUAGUCCCUGCAGCGCGCUUCGUCUCCCCCCUCCGGCAGAUGGUCGAAUACACGCACAAGCGCUGGGAAGAGCUCAAAUCCGGUAUCGACCUCCCCUCCUCCCUGCGUAUCGCCCCCACCCCACCUUCGCACUUCACGAACGAUUUCCAGAGUAUAAUGAACCCUCCCCCGCCCCCUCCCCCGUCUGCCGCACCCGCCUCCGCCCCCGUGUUCGACGCGGGGAUGUCUAUGUUCCCUGUGGACCCGAAUAGCAGUACGAUGGAGUGGGCUGCGGCUGUAAACAUGCUUGAUGGGUUUGGCUUGCCCCCUAGUAUGUCGACGAAUGGCGGCUCACUGGGCUGGUUGCCCAAUUCCAUCCUGGGCGAUCUGGCUGUCCCGCCAUCGGCGACGGAAGCCGAUGGGAACUUGCGAGAUUGGAAUCUACAAUUCGCUUUUGAUGUAUAA